AUGUUUUUCUAGACCGCCAGUGCACAUCCAGAUCCAACCUCCCCCAGCACAGUACAGAAUCCAUACCCCGACGCCAUCAUGGCCGGCCCAGAUUUAGUCACCGCCCUCCGCGGCUUCAAGAUCCGCACUACCACGCUUAAUAAGUUUCUAAUCGCUUAUGGCAAGCCCCUUGGAAUAGACUCCGCAUAUAUCCCACCGGCCUAUGACUAUGAUGAUAACGGUAACGCUACCGAUGAGAUCUCGGAGGUAUUACGUGCAAAUAGCGGUCUUGCUAGUGUUCUACUCGUUAUGCCUUCUGUUGAGGGCCACUCCCGCUCCUCCUGGGCUUAUGUAGCCUAUAGCUACGCACACAUCUACGCGCAGCGUAACAUUACUCCCCAAGAUCCUGCAGAGCAGAUCCCACAAGGGUUUGAAGAGCUAAGGCAGGAUGUGCUCAAGCACAGCUCGAGCUUAGAGGAGGGCGAAGGCUUGAUGGGUCUUUUCGUCGUUCUCACGGAGGAUCGGCCAGGUCCAACUCCGCGAGAGCUCCAAGAACGCAACCGGACCCCGAUUCUAUGUGGUCUUUGCGAUCAGACUUUCGAUAUGUGGUCAACUCGCCAGGGGCAUCGAAACAAAGUACACGGGAUGCAUGAGGAAAUUGAUGCCUUGCCAGAUAAUGCUUGAUUCCGGGAUUUCUAGUUGUAGGGUAGGAUGGACGGCGCGGAGGGUUUUGAUGACAUCGCUCGACUUGGAUAACCAGCGCCAAGAAGUCACUCGCUAGCUAUCAGCUAUCUAAGAAAGCCGGAGGUUCACGGUGCUCAAUCGCAUACCGCUAUACUUUAUGAAUCCUAAUGAUAAAAAAUUUUCGUGAACCCGUUGCAGGAUAGGUUCCGGUGCGAGAAGCUUGUGGUC